AUGUCUUCUGCCGUAGCAGAGCUUGAUGGCUACCUCCAAUCUAUGCAAAGUCUAAAGCCUCCUGGCGUAUCAGGAUCUAAAAUCGGCAGCAUCACACAGCUUUGUACAGCCAAUGUCCAGUCCGAGUCCGUUUUAAUCCAGAAGUUAUACACCCACUUCAAGAGAACUCCAGGAACACACAAAUUGGGCGUCCUAUAUGUCGUAGACUCUGUAACUCGACAAUGGGUAGAGGCGGCUCGAAAGGCUGGUCAACCGCCUGGAAGCGCUGCUCCUGAUGGCACAUUCGCUGCCGGAGUCAACCGAGUAACUGAACUUCUCCCGGUUCUGAUGACCGAUAUCAUAAACAAUGCACCUGAGGAUCAAAAGGAAAAAAUCAGAAAGCUGGUUGAUAUCUGGGAGCGUGGCCAGACAUUCCCCUUACCCAUGCUCGCCUCUAUCAAAGAGAAACUGAACGCGCCGCCAUCUAAAAAUGUCGAAUCGACGACGCCGGAGGGUUCUCCAGCUCCCGGUCUAAAUCCUCUUGCGGGGCUUCAGGGCCAGCCGCAGAGUGCUAAUGCAGCUGGUGCUUCGUCUACGCCUGAUACCUCUAGCAUCCUGAAAGCCUUGGCCGAUAUGGCCAAGCAGAACCCGGCUGCUCCGGCCGCGACAGCAGCUCCUGCGCCGGCCAAUCCCUUGAAUUUACUGAAUGCGCAGACUGCUACUCCUGUGUCGUCAUCCUCUGUAGACCAGGCUGCACAGCCAGCGGCCGUAAAUCCGUAUGGGAAUCCCUUCGCAGCGCUAGGUAAUCUUGCAGCGCCAAACGCCAUGCUGCCCGCGCCCAAUACUCUGCCGGGUGCUCAACCCAAUCCUCUGGCUGCCGUACUUCCACAAGCAGCAGCAGCUGGAUCUCAGCCGGCUCCUGCUUCUCUCACCCCAGAUGUCUUCCAGCAGGUGCAGCUGCUUCAGCUCCUUGCUGCACAGGGUAUCCCCCAGGAUCAAUGGGCAACGGCUCUUCAGAUCCUUAGUCUAUCAAACAAUGCCAAUGCGGCUGCCGGCGGACUUCCCAACCUGAAUCCCGCCCAGGGAGCGUUUAAUUUGCCAGAUAUGGGUGGCCAGCAGGGUUGGCCUGGUCACGGGGACCGCGAUGCCGACCGAGAUCGUGGGAGGGAGAGGGACUACAUGCGUUCGCCCCCCGGCCAGUAUCGCCGUCGCUCAGGCUCUCCAGGCUGGGACCGUCGCCGGGAGGGAUCGCCGCCUCGCCGUCGUGACAGUCCUGUCUACGGUGAAUAUCUCGGAGACUCCCCUGGCCGUCGAGGUGGCCGCCGUGGCAAUGACUAUCGCCAGCGCAGCCCGCCAGGUCGGAGACGACGCACACCUUCGCCUCCUCGCAAGGACCCUUCAUUGCCGCCUCCUGGACCAAAGCUGGUCGAGUGGGACUAUUCGAUCGGACAGGGCAAUAUUAAAGUGCUGAGUCGGACGCUUUUUGUUGGUGGUGUCACUUCUUCCGAGGCGCAGCUACGAGCGCUUUUCAACAGAUUCGGUCUCGUUCAGACCUGCAUUGUCAAUGUGGACAAGAGACAUGCCUUCAUCAAAAUGAUCAACCGGCGUGACGCCAUGAAUGCUCGAGAAGGCAUGGAGACGUACAAGUCCGGGGACAUGCAACUUCGAACUCGCUGGGGAGUCGGAUUCGGACCUCGUGACUGCAGUGAUUACCAGACGGGAAUCAGUGUCAUUCCAAUUGAGCGACUUACGGAAGCCGACCGCAAGUGGAUGUUGACAGCCGAAUAUGGAGGCACCGGUGGUAAGCCGAUAGAGAGUGGCAUGGUGGUGGAAGAGCCUGAUAUUGAAAUUGGCGCCGGAGUGUCAUCCAAAGCCAUCAGUCGACGCAUGGCCACUGACCAAGGUGGUAAACGGGGACCACAAUCGUCACGCACACAGAGCGACCGCUUCCGCCGACCAGAACGCGGCAUGGACAUGAACAAUGGAGGAGGCAUAUAUGGCGGCGGCAUGGGAGGCGCGGAUCGCGACUAUUCGAACACGGCGAAUCCGGCUGUGCCUCCAGCUGUUCCGGGCUUUGGCUUCCAGCUUCCAGGCAUGCCCAUGUUCCCUCCAGGGUUCAUGCUUGGGGGAGCACAGCCAGGGUCUGCGCCUCAGCAGCCGCCUCCUCCCGGCCAAUGA